CCAAACAAGAAUAAUAAACGCUUCCACGACCACUUCUGCUGUUCAUCAAACUACAGUUAAUACAAUACCAGAUCUUUGCAAGCUGAAGAAUCAAACCCAUUUUGGUCAGCAACUUGGGCAAAACAAUGUCGAACAAAACAGAAUGGAGAACCCUGCAAUAUGUUGCUUAACUGGACCUGUUAGAGCACGGUUCUUGACUCAUGACUGGAACUGAGCGAUGCUGGUGUGUGGAAGAAAACCCGUCCGAAGUUAUGGUAAGUACACGCCAUACAGAGUAUACACCCUGGAGUACCUGGAAUUACUUGGAAGAACCACAGGCAUACUAGUCGGAUGACUUCCCCCUAAAAUCUCCUCCAGUAGCGGUAUAGAGCUUGGUUUUGUCUUUCUUACUUGGGUUACCGUUUGAAAGUGGAAAAACCAUCCCAUAAAGGUAUGAGAAAUGGGGGGACCGCACCGCGAAAUCUCAUUCUUUUAUGCCCCCAUUAUUUACGGGAUCUUCUUUUGUGCACGGAAAUCCUCUUCCUAUAUAUAUGCAGAGCAAGUAGUAUUAUCAGCAUUACGAAUACAAGUUCAGCAAUAUCACAAGGCUUAUCCUCCCUGCUCUUGUAUUCAUAAAGUGUUCUACCUAGUUGUCAACUCCACAAAAACUCUCAUACGGUUGUGUCGCCCCAAUUUGUUUACAAACACCAAGAUUCAAUCAUAAGAUGAGUGAAAAUAUUGUAAUUGUGGGUGCUGGAGUCAUUGGACUCACCAUUGCUUACCAGCUCGUUACAGAAAAUGGAUACGAUGCUACACUGGUGAAUAUCAUAGCCAGCGACUUUCCCUCUACAGGUUCAGAUUGUCCUGAGUAUACAUCGUCCAAGAGUGGUGCACAUUUCAGGCCUUUUCCGUCCAAAAGCCCACAGGAAUUGAGAGAUAGUAAGUUAGCUCGACCAACCUACAAAUUUUUCAAGAAGUUGGCUGUCACUAAUCCUGAAUCAUCUGUGAAAUGGAUACAAGGAUUUGACUACUUGGAGAACAAUGAUACCCUAUACGAAACCACUGCUGCUGGAUAUACUGAAGACAUUGACAAUUUCAAAAUUAUUGAAAAACUGCAAUUGCCCCGAGGAAUCGAAUUUGGUGCUUCUUACGAUACUUGGGCUAUGAACUCGCCCAAGUACCUUGAAUUUUUGGAAAACACAUUGAGUAUGAAGUACGGAGUGAAUUUUGUCAGAGAAAAAGUUGAAUCUUUGAAACAGGUUUGUCAGCUAUAUCCCGGAGCACUCCUUUUUAACUGUACUGGUAGGGGACUUCAAUUCAAUGGAGGCUUUGAUCCCAAUAGUUACCUGAUAAGAGGCCAGACUUUACUAGUAAGAGCACCUUUAGGUUGUCAGUAUCUUAAUAAGACCAUCACUUAUCAGUUAGCGAAUGGGUCUUGGAUUUUCGUUAUUCCCCGUCCUUUGAAUGGAGGAAUCAUUCUUGGAGGAACAAAACAGAUCGGCAACUUGAACCUGAAUCCUAGCCAGAAUGACACUGAGCAUCUUAUAAAAUUAGGAGAAGCGUAUUUUCCGGAUCUAAUGAUCGAGGGAAAGUUUGAUAUUAGAAGAGUUAAUGUUGGAUUUAGGCCUGCUAGAAACGGAGGAACAAGAAUCAGCAGCUAUAAGGAAGAUGGGGUUCAGGUGAUCGAUUGCUAUGGUUUCGGAGGAAGUGGGAUGGAAAUGUCUUGGGGUGCAGCGAUGAGGGCCAUCGGCUUGAUCGAUCAUGGCUUCAAGUUAUAGAAAUCAAAGGGAAACUUGAUUAAACACUAAGAAAGCUGUAUUGAAAGCAAAGUAGUGCAACAUUAGUCAAUAUUUAAUAAGAAAUAAUUAUUGUGAAUAGCUCCCACAAAUCUGUUUUGGGUGAGAUUACCCAAUAGUAUCUUAAUUUCCCUAACAAUUGCGAAUUUUACACUACUUGAUAUAAUGGCUACAGUAAACGGUACAAUUCAUAAGGCCUGUAUCCUCAACAAGGAACGACCUCAUCCAAGGGAAUCACGAAAAUAGCAUAACCUGUGAUGGGUGAUAGAGUAAAUUCUAUAACCUUUGCAGAUAUAAUAGAGAUAAGAUAUGAAAUGAACCCCAGAACACCACCAGUCAUCGUAUCGCCUAACCACUUUUGGCUUUAAGGUCAAGUGAGUGCCAUUGGAGAGUCAAGAUGUAUUACGACUUGCAAGGGGACUAUCUCUAGUGACUGCUCAAAGUGGACAAUAAUCAAAAAGGGUGUAAACUAAGUA